UAGUAUGUACUGAACUCCGCUAUUUCAUGUCGAGCACGACUCGCACGAGUGAUGAAUAUAUUAUUACUAUGUUUUUUUUUUAUGAAUAUUAAGACUCUACUCUCUAGGUAUUAGAAUCAUAUUUUCACAUAAAUCUACGGCUGGCUGGUAGUUGUACAGACUGCAGGUCAUAGAAAUUAAUACGAAUACGCUGGUCGAAUAAUUCAGUAAUAUAAUAUUGAGAUAUUCGAUCGCCGCUUUAUGUACGCAGCUGCUGUGGUGUAAAUAGUUUAAAAUAUUACACACUUUAUAAUUAGGUAUCCGAGUUUACUGCACAUCGUUUAGUCGUUCAGGUAAAGUUCGUAUUUAAAAAUAUUUUUUUCGCAAAUCAAACUAAAUUCUAUACUAUAUAUAAUCCCGAACAUAGUCGGCGAAUCCAAUAACUAUCUGCAGCUAUCUAACACGUUCUGAUUUUUACCAAAAUAAGCCGCGGGCUAUAUCAUUUACAUAUUAUAUAAAUCAGAUAUACGGCCUACCUACAUUACAGUCCGCCGGAAUACAAUAUUAUUUUAAAACGAAAUGGCUACUCAGAUAGAAGAAACUCUGAAGAGAAUUCAGACCAGUGACGGUGUCAUCGGAUUCGUUAUAGUAAACAACGCUGGCAUUCCGAUUAAAUCCAACAUGGACGAUGCGAUGUCCGUCCGGUACGCUGGAUUAGUGCAGCAGCUAAUCGUGACAUCACAGGUGGCGAUCAAAAAAGACGACCAGAACGAUAAACUGACGUACCUGCGGUUGCGUACCAAAAAUAACGAAAUCUUGGUGAUACCAGAUAAACAUUAUACCAUGGUGGUAAUUCAAAAACCGACUGGCUCUAGAUCACCAAUGUAAAAUUUGCUACAAAAAUUUUCUAUAUUAAUGUUUAUAAUAUGUAUAUAAUUAAACAAUUUAAUAAUAUAAUAAAAUAGUUUUCAUUAA